AAACACUCGCGUGCAUUUUGUGAUUAUAAAAAUUCCUCGAACGGUUUAUCGUCUGGCAACUGUUAUCAGCCGUUUAUCGUGCCGUAUCGUUGGUCAGUGUCGUUAAUAAAAAGCGAGGCGACGGUCGAGAUGGUCAAAAACUGCUAAUGAUUCUAAUCUCGCUUGUGGUGGAACAUUGUGGUUACGACGCCGGAUGCGUUUCUAGUUAAAUUGCACGCAACAAUCUGCUCUGCACAUCAGAUCGCCUUUUAUUUCAACAGUGGCCAGUCGUACAAGACCUCUGUCUUCGUUGUUUCCUAUCUGUCAGUCAGUUUCUCGCCGAGUUUUUACGCGUCCACGUGAACGACUCUGUUGCGUACGCGAAAUAGCUGCACAGCCGACGUACUUGUCACUCGUAACUCAACGUAAUCGUCAACCGUAGCUCGAAAAAAAAGGUAGCGAGAAAAGUGGUGCGUGAUAAUUAGCGACGACAUUCGUUCAAAGUAGCGGAGUUCUCGAUCGAAUUAUCUCGGUGGAAAGGAACUCGUGUGGAAAGCAAGAAUGAGACCGAUCGGCGUGCAAUUUUUCAUCGGCAUUUUCUUCCUUCUUUUCGUGGCUCGAUCGUCAGCAACGUUGACAAAAUUGACCACGUUGGACGACGUGGUGCCCGAUAAGUGGAGGGUCGUGUCUCCUGGCCAACCUCCGCAAAUCGAGCUCCGCUUGUUCAAGAGCCACACGCCAGAGGACAAGACUUGGUCGAGCAGCAUGGAAUAUACGAUCUCGCAGAGCACCGGCGAGUCGGAAAAUCAGGACGCGGAUAAGACAGCGGAAAGCGUGAAGCCGAAAACGCAGCUCGGGUCUAGGCACAUCAUUCGAGGCGCCAGGUUCAGGUGUCCCACGGGUCAGCAAAGGGAUCACUUGGGAAAGUGCAGAGAUGUCUUCGUGAUACCAACUCGAAACAAUGUAUAAGCGCAUUGGACAAGAAACAACGCAGAAGACACAGAGCCUCGUGAAAAUCCCAUCUUCCACCGACGAGUUUCUUUCUUCCCCUUAAAGUUCUCUCUUAACCCAUUUGCAUCAUGGUCCUACUUAAAUUUGCAGUAAAUGACAUCCGAAUUCUUCAUGCAAUCUAUCGAAAAUUUGCUGUUCGAAACGAUUGGCAGGCAAUACUUUUUUCCUCUGUUAUAUACAAUGUAAGACGCGAUGUUCGCGAAGUAAUAAAAAUUAUUUAUUUCAAAAAAAUUAUUUAGAUUAAAAUGGAAAUAAAAAAAGCAGUCGCAGCGCUCGUAAUAAUCCGCGCUUGGUGAUAGAAAGUCGCAGCGCUCGUAAUAAUCCGCGCUUGGUGAUAGAAAGUCGCAGCGCUCGUAAUAUUCCGCGCUUAGUGAUAGAAAGUCGCAGCGCUCGUAAUAAUCCGUGCUUAGUGAUAGAAAGUCGCAGCGUGCGUAAUAAUCCGCGUUUGGUGAUAGAAGACAGUCGCAGCGCGCGUAAUAAUCCGUGCUUAGUGAUAGAAGAAAGUCGCAGCGCGCGUAAUAAUCCGCGCUUGGUGAUAGAAAGUCGCAGCACGCGGAUUAAUCCGUUUGUGAUAGAAGAAAGUCGCAGCACACGGAUUAAUCCACUAUUAGUGAUAGAAAGUCGCAGCGCGCGUAAUAAUCCGCGCUUAGUGAUAGAAAGUCGCAGCGCGCGGAUUAAUCCGCGCUGGGAUGCAAAUGGGUUGAAAAAAAAAAAAAAAAAAAAAUGAAGAGAAUCUUCGAUGUUCUUUUCUUCCAACUUCUGUCAC